CUCUCUAAAAAAACCUUCACUGAAAUUGCAGAAAUGGCGGCACUGAACAUGAUUGACUCUACCUUCGAAGUUGACAAGCUCACCUACGAAAUCUUCUCCAUCUUGGAGAACAAGUUCCUCUUCGGCUACGGCGACACCGAGAAUCCCAAGAAUUCAGUUCCCAAUUCCACUCAAUUUCCCCCAAAAGACGCGAAACCAGCCAAACAAGCCGCCGGCAAGGUCAGGAUCCUCUGCAUUGACGGCGCCGGAGCUACCGACGGCAUCCUCGCCGCCAAGUCCCUCGCUCACCUCGAGGACUGCCUUCGCCGCAAGUCCGGCAACCCGAACGCGCACGUGGCCGCCUAUUUCGACGCCGUCGCAGGCUCCGGCGUCGGCGGAAUCCUCGCGGCGCUGCUCUUCACCCGCGGCCGUGACGGCCUCCCUAUGUUCACCGCCGACGAGGCGCUGAAGUUCAUGAUCGACAACCGCCGCAAGAUCUCCCCGUCGUCGGGGAUUCUCCGGCGGUUUCUCCGGCCGGCAUCGUCGAAGGCGGAGAAGCUGUUCCGGAAGACGUUCGGCGAGUGCACGCUGAAGGACACUCUGAAGCCGGUUCUGAUCCCCUGCUACGACCUCAACACUCGCGCGCCGUUCGUUUUCUCCCGCGCCGACGCCCUGGAAAUCGACGGCUACGAUUUCAAGAUGCGCGACGUGUGUGCUGCCACGUCAGCAGACCCCGCCAAAAUGGGCCCCACGGAUGUAAGUUCCAUCGACGGCAGGACGAAGAUCGUGGCCGUCGAUGGUGGGGUCGCGAUGAACAAUCCCACGGCUGUCGCCAUCACGCACGUGUUGAACAACAAGCACGAGUUCCCCUUCUGCAACGGCGUCUCGGACCUGUUGGUGCUGUCCCUGGGUAACGGAGAGUCAGACUUUAACGCCGUUAAGUCACCGUCAGGGUUCGUCAGGAUCGCUGGUGAAGGAGCUUCUGAUAUGGUUGAUCAAGCUGUAUCAAUGGCAUUUGGUGAGUGUCGGAUGAGCAAUUAUGUGCGGAUUCAAUCAAAUGGGAUAAUGGCGAAGGCAAACAAGUCGACGCAGGUGAAGUCUAGCAAAACGGCGUCGGAUUUGUUGGCAGUUUCGGAGGAGAUGUUGGGGCAGAAGAAUGUGGAAUCUGUUUUGUUUAAGGGAAAGAAGGUAGUGGAAAACACUAACUUGGAUAAGUUAGAGUUGUUUGGGGGAGAGUUAAUGAAGGAACAAGAGAGAAGAAAAACAAGUAUUUUACCAACGGUGGUGUUGAAGAAUGCAUCUCCCUCACCUAGAACUUCAUCUGCUACUACUUUGUCCACUUUGUCUUCAAGCAGUUAGAUUUG